UCUCUCUAUCCAUCUCUUUGUUUAUCCAUUUUCUAUCUUCUUUGAGAUGAAUAUCAAACUUGCCUCUCAUGAACAUUCCUUGUCCUUCAUCAAUUCUCAGAAUGCACCUUCCUUGUUUACUGAUCCUCCUGAACGUUACUGUAAUGCAUGUGCAAAGCAAAUCUCCAAUGCGGCCUAUCUUUGUGUACAGUGCUAUUUUUGGCUCCAUGAAUCAUGCGCGAGUGAAGUUCAAAAUCUGCCUCUUGAGAUUAUUCAUCCUCUCCACUCACAACACCAGCUUGGACUAAAACUCAGUUAUGAGGACUUCAUUUGUGAUAAAUGUUUGUAUAUUUCUGGUGGCUCCAGAUACAAGUGCUAUGAAUGUCAUUUUAAUCUUGAGUUAGCAUGCGCUUCUUCAACUAAUGAUCCAGUGCUUGAAGAGGAGUGGCAGAGACUUAAAGAUGGCAAGAAAAAGGAAAUUCAGCACUACAGCCACCCUGAAAAGCUGACCAUCUUCAAAUAUAGGAAGAUAAGAGAACAUGACUAUGAUUGUGGUUGGUGUGAAAAGCGUCUAUCAGAAGUGUGCUAUGGCUGUCUGGAAUGUGAGUUCUUUCUUCACGAGUUGUGUAGAGAUAAGAUACCGAGAACACUUUAUCAUCCUUUUCAUCCUUCGCACCCUCUUCACUUGCUCUAUAAAGAAACCAACGACGAUUGCAAUGCUUGUGGAGACCAGAUCAUUGAAACUGCAACUCAUCACUGGUAUCGCAACUAUUUUUGCCUAACGUGCAACUUUUGCCUUCAUUUUCGCUGUGCUAAACUCUUACCCACCUUAAAACAUGAGUGCCAUGACCACCUUCUCACUUAUUUCAAAAAAUCUGAGCCAAGUCAAAAUGCUAAGCCAUGCAGUUCCUGUGGCACGCCUUGUGGUUAUGACUUCUAUCGUUGUGUUGAAUGCAAUUUCAACGUCCAUCCCAUAUGUGUUCCAAUACCAUCCUCAGCUGAACAUAGAUAUCACCGGCAUCCACUCAAUUAUAUGGACUUGGUUGCAGAAGAUCAUUCUGAAGAAUAUUAUUGCGAUAUUUGUGAAAGUGAAAGGAAUCCAGCACAUCCUGCUUAUUGUUGUGAAAAAUGCACAUAUAUUACUCAUAUUCAUUGUGUGCUCAAUGAGGAUAAAAUUUCAUUUGAGAAGGUCUCAUCUUCAACUCCCAGGUCCAUUUACAGCAACACUUUGUUAACGGAGGAAAUGGAGCAUAAUGAAGUCAUUGAUGGCAUCCGCACUCCUAAACAACUUUUGAUUCGACCUAUGAUCCAUGAACAUCCCAUGAAAUUCUAUGAGAAAGUUAAAAAGUCAUGGAAAAAUCAUUAUUGUGAGGCUUGCCGUCUGGUAGUUAAUGGUCCCUCUUACAUAUGCACAACAUGCUCAGAUCAUACAUUUCUCAUUGUAUGUGAUGAGUGUAGAGAUGUCUGUUUUGGCUUCUUUUACCGUUGUGAUGAGUGUGAUUUCAAGCUUGAUGUGAAAUGCGCUAUUCUAACAGCUCAUAAAACUGAGGUGUUGCAACUCAGAAAGAUGGAAAGAGUAGCCGAGUUCAUCCACCCACAUAAGCUUGUCCUUGCCAAUUGUAGAGACCCUAUAGAGAAAAAAUCAUGCAUGGUUUGCGAAUUGCCAAUUUUAGGUCCAGCCUAUUUUUGCCUCAACCGUUAUUGCAGUGUUCAAGUUCAUGAAUCUUGUCUCGGAACGCCACAAGAGAUGCAACUCCCAUUUCAUUUGGAACACAUGUUGUUUUUUGGCAAAAACUACCGCAUUUCUCAUUGCUAUGCUUGUGGUAGAAUGAUUUUACAUGAUUUUAGAUAUAGCUGUGAGCAAUGUGACCUCAAUCUCCAUUCUCUAUGUGCUAAUUCCAUAAGGCAGCCUCUGAAAUGUCAGUCCCAUGAACACAAUCUUUAUUAUUUUGGGACAAAAUUUCAGGAAUCACAGUUUUCUUUCUUUCCUUGUAACGAAUGCAGUCAAGAUUGUGGAGGACCCUUUUAUCGCUGUCUAGAAUGUGCCAUCAAUUUUCACUUAGAUUGUGUACCCAUACCUCAUAUUGUUAAAUCUAGACGUCAUAUUCAUCUUUUAAUUAUAAAGGAUUCAUUUGUUGAAGAUGAUUCAGAAGAGUCUUACUGUGAUAUUUGUGAGGAAGAAAGAUGCAGAGAUGAUUAUGUAUAUUGUUGUGAAGAAUGUAAUGGUUUAUUUGCCGCUCAUAUAGAAUGCGUGCUUACUAAGGUUGAAAAUAUUACAGCAGCAAUAGAUGCAUCCUCAAAUUUGGUGUUAGACAUUGAGAAGAACUCUGCCCAGGAUUUAAUUCAGCCAUCGCUAGAAAUGAAUCCUCAGAAGAGAAUGUGGGGGAGGGAAUGUUUCGAUGAUAACGAGUCAAUGGAUCAAGACAAAGAGGAAGAUUCAUCCGUCUCUGAGUCGGAGAAAUUACCAUUAUCUUCAGAAGACGAAGAUUCAUCUCCCUUUGAAUUGAAUCCUGAAAAGACAAUGUGGUGGAGGGAAUAUUUCAAUAGUAGUGAGUCAACAGAUCAAGACAAAGAGGAAGAUUCAACCGUCUCUGAGUCAGAGAAAUUACCAAGGUCUUCAGAAGAGGAAGAUUCAACCGUCUCCGAGUCGGAGAAAUUAUCGAGUUCUUCAGAAGAGGAGGAUUCAUCUGCCUCUGAGUUGGAGGAAUAGCAUGCAACAUCUUCAGGAAAAAAAAAAAGUUUGGGGACAAAAUCUUGGUGAUGUCACAUUUUUGGAUGACUUAAAGGAGUCUAUGUUCUCUUCGUGGUGGUAGCUGCUCCUCCCCUGUUUUCUUUUAUUGGCUGUUGUUGCGUGGUGGCUGCCGCUUUCUAUCCUGCUGAUUUUCUCCGCUUUCCUUUGUGUUGCCAUUGCUGCUACCUUCAUAUUUAUUGCUUUAUUGUGUUGUUUGUUUUUGCUGGUCUGGUUUUCGGGUUUGUCUGUCUUCCAGAAGCAGGUGUACCCCAAUUGAAUUGACUCGAUGUUUAUUCAUUCAUGUGGUUGCCACUUGUUGUGUAUGGAGGAGCUGUGCUCUUCUUCUGAUGGUUGGGAUGGAGCUGCCUUAAACAUUA